CACACACACACACACACACACGGCUGAGGCUCUGAGCUUGCAGUAUCCGUGAGAUGAUCAGGAGCUACAGUGUGUUCACGCAGCUGCUACGUUUUCACGCCGUUUAGUCGCUGGGAUUGCGUUCCUCUGCGUUCCUGUGCGUUCCUGCGCGUUCCUGUGCGUUCCUGUGCGUUCCUGUGCGUUGUGGAACCGGGUUCUUUGCCGCAGACCCUGGAGCGGAUUAAAGCACAUGAUACACAGACGAGGUGUGGAGAGAGCUUCUGAGAAACGUCACGGCUACUCACAGGGAGAGACAUUUACAGGUACAUAUGGGGCAAGGAGACGCCUCUGCGAGAAGCACGGCCAUGGAGGGCGACUGUCUCAGCUGUAUCAAGUACCUCAUGUUCAUCUUUAACUUCUUCAUAUUCCUCGGUGGAGCGUUUUUACUCGGAGUGGGAAUCUGGGUGCUGGUGGAUCCUACAGGUUUCAGGGAGAUCGUAGCAGCCAAUCCUCUGCUCUUCACUGGAGUCUAUGUGAUCCUGGCCAUGGGCUCCAUGCUCUUCCUGCUCGGCUUCCUGGGCUGCUGUGGAGCCAUACGGGAGAACAAGUGUCUGCUGCUGUUUUUCUUCCUGCUCAUCCUUAUCAUAUUCCUGGCAGAGCUCGCCGCGGCCAUUUUGGCCUUCAUAUUCCGGGAGCAUCUCACCAGAGAUUAUUUCACCAAGGAGCUGAAAGCACAUUAUCAAGGCAGCAACAACACGGACGUCUUCACCGCCACCUGGAACACCAUCAUGGCUACGUUUGAAUGCUGCGGCGUGAACAGCGCCGAUGAUUUCGAUCAGCAGAGCCUCUUCAGACGCCUGAACCCCGGCAGAGCCGUUCCUGAUGUCUGCUGCCUGAGGAACGAGCAGCUGAUGAACGUGGACGAGUGUCUCAGGGGCAACAUGCCCUUCCGCAUCAAGGGCUGUUACUCGGCUGUGGUGGAUUACUUCGAGGCGUACAUCUACAUGGCCGGAGCACUCGCUAUCGUCGUCCUGACCAUAGAACUCUUCGCGAUGGUGUUCGCCAUGUGUUUGUUCCGAGGGAUCCAGUAAUCCGUCCAUGUUCUGCAGAAGGACAUUUCAAAAGACAAAUGGCUCAAAAAGAAGACACGCUUGUAUAUACGUCGUCUCUCUGUUUCUGAGGUGCCCACAGUGACCAAAUUGUACAGCUGGAUCUUCCCUGGUUUUGUGAAACGAAGGAGAAAAUUUCACUCCAGUAGUGACAUCGUGUCGUGUUGCAGCCCUUUAACACGGAUAGAGGAAGAACUUGCACUGACGUCUGAAUGGAUAUUUAUAGAGGACAGUUCAUGUUUAUACGGAAUUAAAUACACGUUUUACCUUCUUCACCACUGCAUCGAGCCACACUAAAACUCUUUUCACAAUGUGUGUGUGUGUGUGUGUGUGAUCAGAAGCCUACAUCUUCUAUAUUGUAUAGUGUUGUGUAUUGCAACUGUGUAUAUUUUAUGUGGUUUUAGUAAUGUGUUGUAUGCAUUUGUACUUAUAUUCCUGAUAUCUGUUAUAUGUGACACUGAUUGGUAUUAAAAAAACAAAAAA